UUCAGGUUGUUUGUUUACAGCAUGUUUCCAUAGUCACCAGUGUUUGCAUUAGUUAAGGUGGACAGUGUGUGCAUGUAGUGUAUUAGUGAAAGUGCUCUGUUGAAUCUCGGACUGUAUUAUAAUGGUAAAAGGUGGAAAGCGAUACUCUUCAAUGAGCAAUGAUGGCAAAUGGUUUGCUCAUCCAGUUUCACCAGAAAGUAAAGCAAGGAGUUGUCACACUGGCAUCAUGCUGACUCAGUCUGAAUCAUCGUUGCCUCAAGCUUUGAACUUCGAGCGCUAUCCUAAAUGGAAAACUCGACAGGAAUCCAGAGACUAUCCAUUCUCAGACCAUGACAACAAGCACACCUUAAAAGACAACAUCUCCGUCUUCUCUCGUGGCGUGGGACGCAGGAAGUGUCUCGAUGAUCACAGACAGCACAACUCCCACUUCUGCCUGUGCCACGAUGGAGCUGACAACAGCACUGAGCAGACUAGGGGGAACAUCACAAACUACCAGACUGAUUUCAUGGUGAAGCAAGCUGUUAAUGGUCCAACUAGCACCAGACGGUUCCCCCGCAACCACCAGCAGAAGUCUGCAGAGGCAGCUUUGGCACAGGCAGGGGAACAAUUCAUGUGGUUCGGACGCCAUGACUCUGACUUCUCAGACACCCUGCAAGUUUUGGCAGCUACUAACUACUCAGCACCUUCCAAGCCAUAAAAUACUCCUACACUUAAGGCACUAGAUGGCAUCAUUGAGGGGGCAUAGCAUAGAGCGGGUCAGGUGAACUUUGUGGAGGAUCUAGCUGUGAAAUAAAACACUGAUUUAGAAACAUCA